AUGUUUAGAAGGAUGGAUGAGGAUAUGCAUUGGCAUUUCAGUAAUGCUGCAGGAGAUGGAACGAUGCGGCACCCAGUGGACUCUCUAUCUUGGUCUCAGAUAAAUAGUCGAUGGCCUGAAUUUGCCUCUGAACAGAGAAAUCUUCGACUAGGUCUGUCUACAGAUGGGAUGAACCUGUUCUCGAUCCAGAACACGAAGUAUAGUACAUGGCCAGUGCUACUGGUGAACUACAACAUGUCACCAACAUUGUGUAUGAAAGCGGAGAACAUAAUGCUGACUAUGCUGAUCCCUGGACCUACUGCACCGAGCAACGACAUUGACGUCUACCUUCAGCCGUUGAUAGAAGAUCUACAGGAUUUAUGGAGUGAAGGUAGUGAGGUUUAUGACGCAUUCUCGAAGGAAACUUUCAGUCUGAGAGCUAUUUUGAUGUGGACUAUUAGUGAUUAUCCUGGUUUAGGGACAUUAGCAGGCUGCAAAGUGAAAGGGAAACAAGCCUGCAAUGUGUGUGGGAAGGACACACCUUUUAGGUGGCUCAAGUUUAGUAGAAAACAUGUCUACUUGUGCAAUAGGAGAAGACUCCCACCUGGGCAUCAUUACCGACGCAGAUGGAGUUGGUUUGAUAACACGGUCGAAGAAGACACUAUGCCUAGAAUUCAAACCAGAGUUGAGAUAUGUGAGCAGUUGAAAGACUUCAGGAAUGAUUUUGGUAAAGCUUUAGAUAAGAAAGGGAAGCGAAAGAGGUCUGGUUUGUGUGAGGAUGAUGAGCUUUCUGAAGACGAACAUGAUGAACAUAGUGAUACAUGGCGUUGGAAGAACCGAUCUAUUUUCUAUGAUCUCCCGUAUUGGAAGAAUAUGCCUGUGAGACACAACAUUGAUGUCAUGCACGUAGAGAAGAAUGUGUCUGAUGCCAUAUUGUCUAUCCUCAUGCAAAGUUCUAAAUCAAAGGAUGACUUGAAGUCACGUCGUGAUUUGGAGGAUAUGGGGAUCCGGAAAAACUUACACGCACAGCGUGUGAUUGACCCAGAGAAGCUUGUAGCAUUGGAGACUGAGCUUAUUGAAACCUUGUGUCAGUUGGAAAGGUUCUUCCCUUCGUCUCUGUUUGAUAUAAUGUUUCACCUUCCAAUUCAUUUGUCAAGAGAGACACGUUUGGGUGGACCAGUUCACUUUAGGUGGAUCUAUCCUUUCGAGAGGUACAUGAAGACACUCAAGGCAUUUGUUAAGAAUUUUGCAAGGCCAGAAGUUUGUAUGGCAGAAGGUUAUAUGGCAGGUGAAUGCCUUGCAUUCUGUCUGGAAUUUCUAAAGACAUCUGCACCAGACUGGGAAAAUACUAACUGUAAUGAAGACCGUGAACCAGAUGAAAUAGUCCUUGAAGGUCGUCCAAUUCACAAGGCUAAAACAGUUAUACUUACGGAGACAGAGCGUGAGAUAGCGCAUCGAUAUGUUCUGAUGAACACAGCAAUGUUUUCACCUUAUAUUGAAUUUACACAUUGGAUUAAAGAAAAGAUCCCAAGUAACUCACAUCACUCUAAGAAGCUAAGGUGGUUAGCUUUUGGACCAAGACAAGCAGCUCAGAACUAUAGAGGAUACAUAGUUAAUGGACAUCGAUUUCACACUGACGAUCUGAAGAGGAAGACUCAGAACAGUGGUGUCUCUUAUGAGGCUUUCACGAUGUGCCGUUCUAGUGCUAGAGACACUAAUCACAUGGCAGACAUUGUUACGUACUACGGUGUCAUCCAAGAAAUAGUUAUGCUCGACUAUCACAUGUUUGAGGUUCCACUAUUCAAGUGUAAGUGGGCCAACAGAGGGUAUGGUGUGAAAGAAGAGGAUGGCUUUACACUUGUCAACCUAGAUAUCAAUCAGUCUGCAUUUCACCAUGAUCCAUAUAUAAUGCCCUCUCAUGCGAAACAAGUUUUCUAUUCCAGAGAAGAUGACUCAUCAUCUUGGUAUGUAGUCAUGAAGGCGCCACCUAGGGAAUAUCAUGAGUUGGAGACAGAAGAAGCAUUUGUUGCACCACCAUCAGCCGUCCAGCAAUGUGAAGAGUUAGAGAAUGAAGCUUCAGAUGAUGAGAGUUCAUGCGGUCGGGAAGAUUGUGAAGGGAUCUACACAAAGCCAAGACGCAGCAAGCAUCAGCAAGGCAUUGACGUAACUCCAUUUCAGGUGAAGACAUGUAGCAGAGGAUCGAACCAACUGGUUUACACUCUCGCACAAGGAGGCUUCUGCCAACUGCUUAAUGAACAAGUCAGCCGGAAAAGGACGCUUCAAGAAAGCGAAGCAUCUUUCGAUAUAGACGACGAAGAGCCUGAGGAUAGACACGAUGGAGAUCCAGAUAAUGUGUCUGAGAACGAGAAUUAUGGCUCAUAUACGGAAGAAUGUGAAGAGGAAGAUGAAGACAUUAAUAGUGAAGAACCUUCAGAUGCCGAUGAAGAUAAUGAAGAAGCUAAUUAUUGUCAAGGAGAAGGACCUCAAGAAGAAAUUCAAGAAGAUGAAGAAGUUAGAGAAGAAGCAGAAUCUCAGAAAGUUGCAAGUGAGGGUGAUAACGUCUGUGCUUCAAUUGAAGCAUGUUUAGCAGACCAGGUAAAGACCAAGAAGAAGAGAACUAGAGGACCGACGAGGAUGAACAAAGUGGCUAAAAGCGCUGAGGAGAAAGUGGAAAUUCAGUUUAACACUUUAGGUGAACCUGUUGGCAAAGGAUCAGUUACACUUUCUUCUUUCCUUGGGCCUCUUGUGAGAGAAUACGUUCCUGUUACUGUAGACGAUUGGAGGCAUGUUGAUGACCAGACCAAAGAGAUUAUGUGGGAAGAGGUUCAGGCGAGGUUCAAUUUCCCAGAAGGGUGGCAGAAGGCAUUUGUCUUCCAGCAAAUGGUUGCAUUUUCAGAGGAACGAAGUGAGAAGUUUAGAGUUUUGCGGCAGCGUCAGAUACCACACACCACUAGUCGAAAAGGAAUGGUUAGCCUUGGCGAUGAAAUGAAGAAAAAGGCUUCCGACCCCAGUAAGAUUACUAGAAGCAAGAUCUGGAUAGCUGGACAUACUCAUGCAGAUGGGAGAGCCGUGAGACCAGAGUUUAAAGAAACAAUUGAACAAAUUAAAUCACUUGAUAGUGAGAUUGGCUCAAACUCUAGCGUUAGUGUUAAGGAAGAUGUUGUGAGUAAGGUUCUAGGUGCAAACAAGAGUGGAAGAGUCAGGGGAAUGGGUAGAGGGAUAACCGCAACGAAGAUAGCCUUCAUACAGGCUAGAGAUGCACAUGUGCAGAAGCUUGAAUCUAAGCAAGACGUACUGGUUAGCGAAAUUGAAGAUUUCAAGGACUUGGUUCGUGACUUAGCAAACGGGAAAAGGAAAAAUCUGGAUGAUCUUUCACCAUCUGAUGAAACUGGUCCAAGCAACGGAGGUCCUAGAUGUCAGAUACUUGAUUGGUAUUCUGAGGAUGAUGUUGUUGUGGGUGAAGGAGAGUUAUGCUCUGUGGAACCAACUUACAAGAUUGGCUGUAUUCCAAUUGGACCUAAUGCAGCAGCUGUAUUAGUUAAGUUCGCGGGAGAUAAAGAAGCAUUUGUAUGGAGGCCUACAACAUCUAUCACCUCACUUGGCCAAGCUGUGGGAAGCAAGAUUGCAUGGCCAUUCGAUAAGCUCAUUGUCGAUAAUACGAUCUCCGAAACCGUCAACAAGACUGCUGGUUCCUCUGACCCAAAGCAAAUGGUCAAUAAUAUUGCUUUAGGUCCGAACACAGCCAUAGUUAAUAUUGACAAUGUGAUUAACAAAGAGGCUUACAUGUGGAAACCAAGUGAAGAUAUGAAUGUCAUGGGUGAUGCACUCUUCUCCAAUAUAGCGUGGCCAAGAUCUAAGGCUAAGCACUGUAAUGUAGAUCAAAUGGUGGAUGAAGUUUAUAGAACAGCUUCUAGCCUGAAAUCUCAGUGUAAAGGAGGAGCUUUGCCAACGGUCGCUAAAGGGCCAGAAACAUCUAAAGAUUCAUCCACUAAGAGUGUCACUAACAGCUCCAGAACCAGCGGCUAUUCUAUGAAUAAAUGCUUCAUCUUAGACUGCUUUGGAUCAGGAAAAAAGGUCGCAGAAGGCAGAGUUUUAUCAAACAAUCCUAAAGACAAAGUCCAUUUCGUUCCUUUGGGACCAAACGCCAGCAAGGUAUGGAUUGAGGUAUGUCUCGUUGAUGAAGCACGCGUAUGA